AUGGCUGAUCUUGAAGCAGAUGGGCACUUUGUGCCCGUUAUCAUUGUUGUUGACAUGCAAGAAGACUUCUGCCCUCCUGAUGGAUCACUUGCUGUACAAGAUGGCCGAUCAAUCGCGCCGUUGAUCAAUACACUACUCUCUCAGCCCGGCCUCGUUAUGCGCAUUGCAUCGCAGGAUUGCCACCCGCCAGAUCAUAUCUCAUUUGCUAACAAUCACCCGCCGCCGAAUAAUCGGCCCUUUGAAUCAUUCGUUGAGAUGACCAACCCUCAUCCUUCUCCAGGUCGAGAUCCAGAGACCAAAUUACAGCAACUAUGGCCUGUUCACUGUGUCGAAGGCAGCCCUGGAUUCGCUAUCAUUCCCGAAAUCGAGGCGGAUAAGUUCGACCUUGUGGUUCGCAAAGGCAAGCAUCCACAGAUCGAGAUGUACUCUGUUUUUGCAGAUGCUUUUGGGAACAUCGAUCCCACUGUAACCAUGCAGUCCGUCAGCGCGGAUGUCACCUCCGAGCUCCAGGCCAAGGGCGUUACGGAUGUGUUUGUAGUGGGGCUCGCAGGGGACUUCUGUGUGAGAUGCACAGCCGUUGAUGCCGUCAAAGCUGGCUUCAAGAGCUGGCUUAUCGAAGAAGCAACUAAAUGCGUGGUUCCUGCCAAUUGGGAGCAGACCAAGGACGAGCUUCGUACUGCCGGGGUCUCUGUUAUCAAUCUUGAUCAUCCCACAGUACGCCGAUUAGCAGCCGCAUGA